AUGCUGCCACUCUUUUCCACGACCACUGCUGCCACCAUGUUGCAGAGCUUCGGCCAGUCCCAGGACUGGCUUUGUUCAGAGCCACUGUUUGACGAUGAAUUCUACCAGAAUUUGGUGAAAAACCUGGAAUCUCUCCCCACUCCGCCUCAGUCUCCUCCAAUGAAGCCCUCUGAAACGUCUGACACAAAGCCCCUGUCCAAGGAGGACCAGCUGAGCUAUGUCUCGAACAUCCUGCUGGAAGAUUGUGACAUGAAUGCACUAAGCUGGGACUGCGAUUUGUUUGAGGAGAAGGAUGCCAGUCCCACCAGCAGCCAUUUGGAGGACAGCCCUGAAUAUUUCCUGUUGACUGAGCUGGGAAAAGGUUUCGAUGACAAGUUGGUUUCCUCAAUGUUGAGCUCCAGCCCUCUGCUGUCGGACAUUGACACGAGUAUCUUUGAAGAAAUUGCUGGCUCCACUCUGAACUGCCAGGCCUUGCUAGAGAACACACCAGAGGGAAGCGAAGUGACAUCGGAUUAUGGGUCCACAGGAGGAGAGCUGUCUAACUACUCGUCCUCAGACUCUGAGGAAGAAAUCGACGUGGUGACUGUGGGCCGCCGCCCCUCUAGCCCCUCCCCUCUGCCCUCAUCGGCCAACAUCAGACAGAGGGAACACGACGAGGCGGAGCAGCAGCGACUUGCCCUCCAACGCCACAACGCAGAGAUCCAUCAGCAGCACAACUACGCUGCACCGUGCCCCGCCUCGCCCCCUCCCUCACAUAGUCACAAACGCUCACGAGACGGCUCUGCGCGCCAUCACCACUCACACAGGAACUCCUACGGAUCAUCCAACACGUCGUCCCAUGUCUCCAUCUCUACGCGGUUUAGCUCAAGAAACUCUGUGGAAACUGAGGACGAGGAGGAGCGGCGGCGAACACACAACGUCAUGGAGCGACAGCGGCGAAACGAACUAAAGAACUGCUUUGUGCACCUUCGCGACAACGUGCCCGAGCUCACGCGCAACGAUAAGGCCUCCAAAGUGGUGAUUCUGAAAAAGGCGCGGGACUGCAUUUUCAGCCUGGAGAGCGACUCGCGCAGGCUGCAAAAGAAAAGGGACCAACUGAGAGUGCGUCAAGAGGAGCUAAAAGCUCGGCUUACACGGCUACGAAGCUAA